CUCCGGCGGCCCCGCCGCCCGUCACCUGUCCGAGUCCGUCCUCGCCUCGCUCGCUUAUAUGGGCACGGCGGAGCGGCUCCGGGUGACGUCGGGGCGCUAAAAACAGCCCCCGGCGCCCCGCGGCCCCUCGCUCGAGCGAUGUCCCCCCGGCGGAGCGGCGCGGCGAGCGGCUCGGCGCACCGGAGCCAGCCUUGGAUUUAUUGCGAGGAAAAUUAACCCGGAAACGGAUCAGGAGCGCCGUGAGCCGGAGCGUAUGCCCCUGGAAAAGCUAGGCAUGAGCACCUCGCUGAACUACAAGUCCUUUUCCAAAGAGCAGCAAACCAUGGAUAACUUGGAGAAACAACUGAUUUGCCCUAUCUGCUUAGAGAUGUUCACGAAGCCUGUGGUCAUCCUGCCCUGCCAGCACAAUCUGUGCAGAAAAUGUGCCAGCGACAUUUUCCAGGCCUCGAACCCAUACCUGCCAACCAGAGGUGGCACCACGGUGGCUUCGGGAGGUCGCUUCCGCUGUCCUUCCUGCAGACACGAGGUGGUCCUCGACCGGCAUGGUGUAUAUGGGCUGCAGAGGAACCUCCUGGUGGAAAACAUCAUUGACAUAUACAAGCAGGAGUCCACAAGACCUGAAAGAAAGUGUGACCAGCCAAUGUGUGAGGAACACGAAGAUGAGAAAAUUAAUAUCUAUUGUUUGAACUGUGAAAUGCCCACCUGCUCCUUGUGCAAAGUCUUUGGUGCCCAUAAAGACUGUCAAGUUGCUCCUCUAACAAACAUUUACCAGAGACAGAAGUCUGAACUCAGUGAUGGCAUUGCGGUCCUGGUGGGGAGCAAUGACCGAGUGCAAGGGAUAGUCACGCAGUUGGAGGAGACCUGCAAGGUAGUUGAGGAAUGCUGCAGACGACAGAAAGAGCAGCUGUGUGAAAAAUUUGAUUAUCUCUAUUCUGUACUGGAAGAAAGAAAAAAUGAGAUGACACAAAUAAUCACUAGAACCCAAGAGGAGAAACUGCAACAUGUCCGCUCCCUGAUGAAGAAGUACGCGGAUCAUUUGGAGGCUGUGUCAAAGCUAGUUGAAUCAGGAAUCCAGUUCAUGGAAGAGCCAGAAAUGGCUGUGUUUUUGCAGAAUGCCAAAACAUUGCUACAAAAAAUAACUGAAGCAUCUAAAGGAUUUCAAAUGGAAAAAAUAGAGGAUGGCUAUGAAAUUAUGAACCAAUUCACAGUGAACCUCAGUAGAGAAGAAAAAAUACUAAGAGAAAUUGACUUUGACAGAGAGGAGGAGGGCGAAGAGGAAGAGGAGGAGACAGCGGAUGGUGAAGAUCUGGAUGAAGUCCACACAGAGUCAUCAGAAGAGGAGGAGCAGGAGGAGGAAGAGGAAGGAGCUGAAAGAGCAUCACUGCCGUCUCAGCAGGACCUCGAAGCACCGAGUGCAGUCAGGGCUCCUCCGGCUGAACCAGCCCCACCGCUGCUGCCCGCCACCCCAGCUGGCCAGGAUGAGGUUGUGACACCAAGUGGCUCUCAGCAGACUGCAGAGUCUGACAGUCCAGUGUCAUCCACAGCAGAAACCACCGAUCCCUUGUUUUACCCUAGCUGGUAUAAGGCUCAGUCGCGGCAAUCAAGCAGUCCGAGCUCAACCCCAGUGAGCGGGUUGGGUAAAGUAGGGCCUCCUGUUUCACUGGAAACAAGUACACCGAAGGCAGAAGCCCCGGAGGUGGCCGCCAUCAAGGAGAGCGCAGCGGGGAGUGGUAAGGAAGGUAAUACCACCGCGGCAACGUCCAAGACUGGUUCUGAACCGUCCCCUCAAGGACGCAUGGAGGAAAUGCCUGAGAGGGGUGACGAGCCGGCUCGUCAUGUCUUCUCCUUCUCCUGGUUGAACUCCCUGAACGAAUGAUGACUCACUCGGGCUGGCUUCUGGUGUGCUUCUCUGAGGGACCGCAAGCGCAGGCAGCCUGCCUGAAGUCAACAAUGAAACAGACCUGGAAAGGGACAUCCGAGCAGGUUUCAUUCCCAGGAACUCAGCUGACCUCCACACUGUACCUGGCCCUUGAGAUGAUGGAGUCCUGAAAAGGGUGGGAGCGCAGGGACAAAUUGCUGUAUUGCUGUAGUCUGAGCGUUUUUCAAUAAUUUCUUGUUUCCAAGGGGAAAAUGGCAUCACUACAGCUGUAGGAUGAGCACUGCUAAUGUUUCACUGUUUAUUCACUUUCCAGCAUGUCUUCGUAUCAGAGUAGAUGCUUCAUCCACGUUAUUAGUUAAAAUGCUAAUAUGAUAGUCACUAGUAGUAUCCUUUACCAGUACAGAGUGUUUCCCCUCAGUGUCCUCCUGAGUCCAGCCCAGACAGCUUGUCAGUGCCAGUGACAUCGGUGAAACUAUCCCUCUUCAGCACCCCCAGAUCAGGGUUAAGUCUAAACUCCUCCCCGAGGCUGCUUCUAGACCCCACAGUACUGGAGCAUCCUGUACUGCAGGAGCUGAACGCAGGAGGGGAGAAGGAAGCUCCUGUUUCUUCCUUUCUUCCUUCUGCACUUGCCUUUGCUGCUAAGUCACAGCAUAUGACACUCACACAAACAGUCAGGCUUUUUUUGGUUUUUUUUGUUUGUUUGUUUGUUUGUUUGUUUGUUUUGGUAAGGAAGGUGCAUAGCAGUAGGGAUGAGGAAGAUGUGCACACCAAAAGCACUGGCCAAACCCCCCCAUGCAUGCGUGGGGUGGCACACAGCUCUGACUGUGUGGGGAAGCAACUGGAAUGCUGCCCAUGUCUGUCCAACCUGCAUCCAUGUUUUCUCAGUCAUGUGUGAGAUCAGCACACAGGAAAGGAGACAUAUCUUUGCAUGAAACUGGGGCGCAGUGAGGUGGCCAAGGUAUUUGUUUAAGGUUUAGUCCAAAGGCACCAGGGCGCACUGUGGAAAAGGCUAGUGCCGAAUGUCCUGUUCCUUGUGCACAGCAGAUGCUGUGCAUGGCAGAUGUCUAAUGAAACCAGAUUUCUGUCUUAGAAGUGCAUCUGUAAGAUGCAAUGAAGGUGAAACUGCAAGUUUCAUCACUGGGGACAGGUAUCAGCACUCAGUAGUGUAUAAGGGAGACUGUCAAGUUGUUGGUAAUGCCCAGUGCCAUAGAGGACCAGGUUCAAAGCUCUGAUAUAGUUAUAUGUGGAUCUUUCCAGGAUCCUGAGUCGGGCCCUAAACACAUCGUUUUUGCACGCACUGGCUGGCAGAGCAUGGGGCAGUGCUAAACACCCUGCCCAGAGCAGGACAGGUGAGCCUGGCAGUGCAGGCACAACGUGGUGUCUGGCUAGCAGGCUUUGAGGGACAAUCCAUCUAUCCAGCCCCAGUCCUGACUGUGCCUCAUUAUAGGGACUAAGUCACAUCAGCGAGUCAUCACAGCUCUGAUUUAUAUCUAUUUCCCCUGGAAAAUGUUCCUGCAAGAGAAGUUUUGGAGGGUCAUGUAGGUGAAAUCUGUAAAGAGCUUUGAGAUUAAUACUGCCCAGAGCCAGCACCUUUCUGCACCAUCAUCACCGCGUUGCCUCCUGCUGCUGCAGGGGUAUUUCCCACAGAUCUAAUUUGGGGUGAGGGUUUACAGUCACAGGUCCCAUUCAUCCUUGCAGAUUUCCACCAGUUCCUUCCACAAAGUUUCCCUCCGCACACCACAGCCUUCCUAAUGCCCCUCGGAGGGAGCCGACUUCAUGACUGCCACUGGGAUGAGCAAGCCCUGCCAGAGGAGGCUGCCCGGCCCCGGCUGCAGCACGGGGGAGCUCGGAGGAGCCCCCCAGCCGCGGGGGCGCAGGGGCCGGCAGAGCCCCGCACCCGCACGGCAGGGCCGGGGGCCGCCCUAGCCCCCCGGAGCAGGCAGUGCCCAGGGCUGGGGGCUCUCCGACGGGGCGGGCCUCCGGGAGCCGCCUGCAGGAAAGGCGAUUUCCCGAGGAGGAGGAGGGAACCGGCACGAAUUGCCCGGCUAUUUGCAGGGAUAAACCGCAGUGCUUGCAGGGCCACGCUUCGCUUUGCCCUCCCUCCUGGCAGCCCGGCCUGCGGGGGCGGGUUGGGUCUUACCGCGGCUUGUCGCGGCGCUCCGGGGCCCUGGGCGCCUGCGGCCGCGGGGCGCCCCCCACCCCACCCGCGGGCAAGUGCUGAAGGAAGGCGAGCAGCCCUCAAGCGUCUAGGCAAGAAAGUCUAUCAAGCCAUCGUCACUUUGCAGCUUUUAUUAAAAAUAUAAAUAUUAAACAUUCUCUUACACAACAAAAUUGACCGAGCGCUGAAAAGAUGUUUUAUUGUGAAAAUGUUUACAGGAGAAAGUGGACUUAAAGUAGCUUACAGAGAUUCCCCCUCCCACCUCCCUGCCCCCACCAGAAAAGUUAUCUCUCUUCUUGGCAACAUUUUUUUCCAAUGCUCACACAUCCCUACGUAGCGAUGUCACUAGAAUAACUGGGAAAUGGAGAAAUAAAUAAAGGUAGGGGAGGUUACAAACGACACUCGUGUUUCUGCACUUGGUACACGGUUGUGCAUGCUAGUCAAGGGACAGAGGCUGUUCGGAGUACACCCUUCUAGGUUUAAAGCUAUAUAAAAAUAAAGAGAUGACAUCAGAGCAGCACUAUGGUA